AGAGUAACUUUAUCCUCCCAAAUCAGAGAUAGAAAUCAAUCUAUAUAUCUAAAAAUCACAACUGCAUUUCCAAACACAGUUUGGGACCAAAAGAAAGCAUUAUAAAUCAAAACCCAGUUUCUUUUCAUUCCUUUCCCACUUGUCAACCCAAUGUGCUUAGUAUCUACAGCAGAGGAUGAUUCUCCCUAAGUUUACAUGGUUUUAACCUGAUUCCAUUUUGCUUCACAUCAUCAAACCAUUAUGUAGACCUAUGUCACUAAAUAAUUCUAACAUUGCCAACUUUUAAAAAAUCCACAGAUUCUAAAUCUUGCCUUCAUUUUAGCACUCAGUUUCAAUCCAAUUUCUAUUUUGUAUUGAGACCACAAGAAUGAAAAACUCAGUAAAAUAUUCAGAUAUACUAAGCUUGAAGAUAAGAAUUUGAAGAGAAUAUCCAAAUUUUUAUAAGAGGCCAGAAACUAGUCCAAAGGGCAAAACUCUAGCCCAGGCUACCAUGGAUACUGGAAUCAGAAGAGCACCCAACUCCAAGAACUUCACCCACAUACCUGCAGAAUGGCAGAAACAACCACAAUUUCUGCAAAUUCAUUUAUGUCUGAUAUGAAAGACCUCUCACAUGUGCAAACAUUCUGGGGAUGGAGCCCAGGCUGCACCUGCCCUCUGACAACUCCUUUGGACGUGAGUUCACGUUCUGUUUUUAAGGAGUGGAAUGAGGGAAUUUUCUCCCUAACGCUAUUAACAGCCAAAAAAGCUAUUACUGGAGGAACAUCGAUGACAGCCAUAAUGCUAUCUAAUUCCUUUAUAAAUUCUCAGCGCUUUCAUCUACUGAUAAAAAGAAUUGCAUGGACAGCUCACAGCUUUUUUUUUUUUUUUUUUUUUUUUUUUUUUUUUUUUUUUUUUUUUUUUUUGGUAAAUCGCCUCUAGUGUGAUUGCUUUGCGUCCUUGCCCGCCCGUUGUCUCGCUCCUCCGGCCGGGGCACAGCUGGGGCGGGGGCCCGACGGCACCUCCCGGACGGGCGGUACCGGGCGCUGCGCGGGGAGCGCCCCGCUGCCGCUCGGAGGGCGGGGAGAUCCGCGGCCCGGUCUCCCCCGGCGCCGGCGGUCGAAGUUUUCACGGCGGCUGCCCGGGGCCGGCGGGGAAGCGGCCGGGAGGGAGCGGGUUGGGUGAUGGUGCCGGUGCCGGCCAUGCCUGCCCCGCGGCCCGCGGCCCCGCGCGGCCGGAGCGCGGCCUCCGCCGUGGUGCCCCGUGGGGGCUGCGGGGCGCGGGGGGCCCGGCGCUGAGCGGCUCCGCGGGUGCCAUGUCCUCGCUGGUGAAGGAGGACCUGAUGAAGAGGCUGUUCGGCCCCCGGCGGCGGAGGCUGCACGAGUUCAUCGAGGUGGAGGGCGAGGGCGCCCAGCGCUACUACCUGUGCGCCGCAGUUACUAAAAGUAAAGAAGUAGAAAUAUCUAUGGUUAAACACUGGCAAGUAGACCGAGAGGAGAAAUAUGAAAUAGUUGAAAAGUGGUUUUUGAAAGAUCUGGAGAUGAUUGAUGGAAAAGAAGCAGAUACAGAUAAUCCAUAUUUUGAUAUGCAUUUCCACAAAGUCUACAAUAUGGAAGCAUAUAGUUGUGCAUCUAAAUAUACCUUUGCUCGAACACUAAACAAACUGAAUGCGAUGUACCUUAAGAAGGACUUCAAGGUUGUGAACUUUGAUGAGACCUAUCUAAAUGAUGAUUCGAUCUGGUCAUCCAGCAAUAGAGAUUUCUUAGUACUUAUGAGGGUUUGCUUCUAUGCUUCCAACCUUUUAUGUCUUUCCCUCUGUCGUUUCUCCUGAAGAUGUAUUUUCUAAUAUUAAGGUGACUGGUUGACUUUCACUGGCCAGCAUUUCAUAAACCAUCUGUUCAAAAAGUUAGUAAGUGAUAUGGACUGUCUCCUUUUUAAUUUUACGUGUAAGCAAAAAGUGGAGCAGACUUUUUACAUAAAUAAUUGAUAAUUUGUUUAUGUCUAUUAAGAAGUCCUCACUCUAGCAAAUACUUAUACAUACAAGAGACUGGAAACCUAGAGCCAGUAAUUAUCAUGGUGAGUGGUGAUUGCUUAUUUAAGCAGAGCUCAGAAUUUGCUUAUAUGUUCAUGGAGGUAUAAAUAAUCUUUCAUUAAUAGCUUGAAAUACUUUUGCAGCAUUAAGAGCAUUAACAGUUAGUUUAUACCUUGGAAGUGGAAAAAAAAGUAAUCAGUUGAAUUCUGUAUGAGAAUGAUGCACAUUUCCAUUUCCAACUGUGCUGAAACACAGAACUCCAUUAAAGAGAUUAUACCUACAUCCUCACAAGGAUCCAGUUCUCAUCCUGAUGAAUAGGAGUACGGCAUUCAAGUACCAUGGGACCAAUUUUUCACCUAUGCAGAUAUAUUAUUUUUCCCACAGAACAUUUAGUACUCCCUUGGCCUUCAUGUUAUUUGUGAUACUGUCUUAGAAAACAAAUGUUCUUAAGCAGCAUUGCUUCAUUUGUCAGACCUUUCAGAACUUCUGUAUCAUUGAUGUUCUCCUUUCUUGCCCUUUAUUGCUUAUGAACAGGUGUGGUUAGGGAAUGGAAAUUAUCUCUGAACCAAAAUAUAAGAAAAUACU